AUGGCGUCUUCCACUCAAUCGCCUGUCUACCGGGCAACCACCACCGCCCCUGUCAACAUUGCCGUCAUCAAGUACUGGGGCAAGCGUGAUACGACUCUCAACCUUCCCACCAAUUCGUCACUCUCUGUGACCCUCUCACAACAAUCUCUGCGCACUUUGACCACCGCUUCCGCGAGCGCAGACUACCCCGCCGAGGAUACCUUGACCCUGAACGGCAAACCUCAAGAUAUCCAGUCCUCUAAGCGUACUCUGGCCUGUCUAUCAAGUCUGCGUUCUCUCCGCAAGUCUCUCGAAGAUGCCGACGCGUCACUCCCCAAACUGUCCACCUUCCCUCUCCGAAUCGUCUCCGAGAACAACUUCCCCACGGCUGCUGGUUUGGCCAGUUCCGCUGCUGGGUUCGCUGCCCUUGUCCGCGCAGUCGCCAACCUCUAUGAGCUCCCCCAGUCGCCCCGGGAGCUGAGCCGUAUUGCCCGUCAAGGCUCAGGCUCCGCCUGUCGUUCGCUCAUGGGCGGCUACGUUGCCUGGCGCACAGGCGAGCAAGCCGACGGCAGCGACAGCCUGGCAGAGGAGGUGGCUCCGGCAUCCCACUGGCCGGAGAUGCGGGCCCUGGUCCUUGUGGUCAGCGCGGAGAAGAAGGACGUUCCUAGCACCGAGGGCAUGCAAACCACUGUUGCGACUUCGGACCUGUUUGCUACCCGCGCUCAAACAGUUGUCCCCGAGCGUAUGGAUGCCAUUGAGGCCGCCAUCCGUGACCGGGACUUCCCCAAGUUCGCCGAGAUCACCAUGCGUGACUCGAACACCUUCCACGCCACAUGCUUGGACUCCUGGCCCCCGAUUUUCUACAUGAAUGAUGUUUCCCGCGCUGCAGUCCGCCUGGUCCACGACAUCAACCGUGCAGUUGGCCGCACCGUAGCCGCCUACACCUUCGAUGCGGGCCCCAACGCUGUCAUCUACUACGAGGAGAAGGAUUCUGAGCUAGUUGCCGGCACUGUCAAGGCCAUUCUCGGCUCGAGCGCCAGCGGCUGGGAGGGUCCCUUCUACGAGAACCUGGCUCACCUGAGCGCCCCCGGUGUCUCUCUUGACCAGAUCGACACUCGUGUCCUGGAUGUGCUCAAGGGUGGCGUGAGCCGAGUCAUCCUGACCGGGGUCGGCGAGGGCCCCGUGGCCGUUGAGGAUCAUCUCGUGACUGAACGCGGAGAAGCCAUCAUCAACUAG